AUGUCCGUCCGCGUCGUCGCAAGGAUACGUCCUCUUCUGGAGCAGGAGCUGGACAAGGACAUUGUCGUUCGAGCAGACGGCGUCGGGCCCGGCAAGCCGAACACGAUUGUCAAGAUACCGAACCCCAAGAAGGAGGCCGAGGAGUUUUCGUUUGCCUUUAACGGCGUCUACGACCAGUCGACGUCACAGGAGGCCUUGUUUACCUCUGAAGCCCCUUUUCUCUUCCUCUUCCUCUUCCUUCUCCUCUUCCUCUUCCUCUUCCCACUCCUCUUCCCUCUCCUCCUCCUCGGCGGGACGAGGGGGGCGCCGCAACCGCGUGGCGGCGGUGAGCUGACGCGCAAGACAGUGCAACCCCAUCUCAAAUCACUUUUCCAGGGUCUCGACGUUACCCUCUUCGCGUAUGGCGUCACCGGCACCGGCAAGACGCACACGAUGCGUGGCGGGCUCAAGCUGGCGGACCGAGGCGUCAUCCCCCGCCUGCUGAGCAGCAUCUUCCGAAGGGGCAAGAAGAUUACAAAGGACACGGACGGGGCCACGACGGUUCGCGUGAGCUUGUCGUACUACGAAAUCUACAACGACAAGGUCUUCGACCUUCUCGAGCCCGUCGAGUCGCGAACGGCCUCGGGUCUGCCGCUGCGGGCGGAGGCGAGCGGCCGGACCGUCGUGUGCGGCCUGUCGGAACGGGCCUGCGACGACCUGCGCGACUUUGAGAAGAUGUACAUCGAGGCCAACAACAAUCGCGUGACGGCCUCGACCAAGCUCAACGCCCACAGCAGCCGGAGCCACGCCAUACUGCGCGUCAAGCUGACGCAGACGACGGGGGACGCCGUCCGGGAGAGCACCGCCUCCGCCAUCGACCUCGCCGGCUCCGAGGACAACCGGCGGACGGACAACGGCAAGGAGCGGCUGGUGGAGUCGGCGGCCAUCAACAAGAGCCUCUUCGUCCUCAGCCAGUGCAUCGACGCCAUCUCGAGGGGCGACAAGAGGGUGCCGUACCGCGAGUCCAAGAUGACGCGCAUCCUCUCGCUCGGGCAGAACAACGGCAUCACCGUCAUGAUCCUCAACCUGGCCCCGCUGAGGAGCUACCACCUGGACACGCUGAGCAGCUUGAACGUCAGCUCGCGCGCGAAGCGGAUCGAGGUCCGCGAGAUCGAGAACGAGGUCGUCUACAAGCAGUUUCCCAGGACCAACUCGGCCGGCUCCGUGACGGGCAUCCCCCGUCAGCCUCUGCGACCGCUGGCGAACGCGCACAACGUCCACAACGGCAACAUGGCGGCCAAGGCGACCGAGCCCAGCAAAGCCGCCAAGGCGUUCAGCGUCUACACGGACAAGGCGAAGCAGCCGGCCACGGCGCGCCCCGCCGUCGGGUCGAGCCUCGCGUCGCGCCGAAGCUUGCACAAGCGACCUUCGGAGCACGACGGCCUCCCGAGACCGUCCAAGCUCGCGAGGCCGGCGACCGAAGGGCCCGUCACGGUGUCGGCGGCCCAGAUCGAGGCCAUGGUCGAGAAGAAGGUGAGCGAGAUACUGGCGGCUCGGUCGGCGGCGGAGAUGUCGUCGGCCCCGCCGCCCGCCGCCCCUGCUCGGCAGGAACUGAGCGAGACGGUGCAGCGGCGUCUCGAGGCUCUGGAAAAGCGAAUCGACAAGGACGAAUGGCGCGAGGACGCCAAGUCGGACGGGCUCCGCCAUCUCCUGGCCGCCAGGCAACACAAGGAGCGGGGCGACGACGCCGGCGCGCUCAAGGCGUACGAGAUGGCCUUGCCCUACUUUCCGGGACAGGCGAAGUUGCUGGGGAAGAUGGAGCGGCUGAGGGCACGGCUGGGACUCGCCGGGGAGCAGCCUGCCGAGCAGCACCGGACGCCGCCCGGAUCGGCCAAGAGGAAGAGGCAGCGCAGGAUCGCCGCCGACGCCGAGAGCGAAUACGACGACGGCGAAGCGGAUGCGGAGGAGGAGCGGGCGACGAGCGGCGCCAGGACGACGAGCGGCGCCAGGACGACGAGCGGCGCCAGGACGACGAAGCCGCUCAAGGCGAGGUCCCAAGCCGUCUCGAAGCAGGUGGUGGCAUCCGACGACGGCGCGGCCGAACCGGCGUCGCCGCGAACGCGGCAGCUCUUGGCCGUGAUCAACUCGCGCAACCUGUCGCAGAUCCGAGGCCUCGUCGGCUUCGGCUCCAAACGAGCGGGCGACCUCGUCGACUACCUCGAGCUCGCGGCGCUGGAGGAUCUGGACGGCGCGCGGAUCGAAUCCCUCGCCCAGCUCUGCGCGCUGCCAGGCAUGGGCGCGCGGACGGUGGAGCGGGCGUACGAGGGUCUGGCGUCGCGUGCCGAGAUUUCCCUGUGA